UGUUGCUAGAACCCACGCGGAGGAAGGAAGAGACGCAGGCAGGCUGCGGUGACCCAAGCGGCCGCCCCUGCCUCAGGGACCCCUUCCCGGAGAGACGGCACCAUGACACAGGGAAAGCUCUCUGUGGCUAACAAGGCCCCCGGGACAGAGGGGCAGCAGCAGGCGAAUGGUGAGAAGAAGGAGGCCCCAGCAGUGCCUUCGGCCCCACCCUCCUACGAGGAGGCCACCUCUGGGGAGGGGCUGAAGGCAGGAGUCUUCCCGCCAGCCCCCUCGGCUGUGCCUCUCCACCCCAGCUGGGCCUAUGUGGACCCUAGCAGCAGCUCUAGCUAUGAGAGUGGUUUCCCCACUGGAGACCAUGAGCUCUUCACCACCUUCAGUUGGGACGACCAGAACGUUCGCAGAGUCUUCAUCAGAAAGGUCUAUACCAUUCUGCUGAUCCAGCUGCUGGUGACCUUGGGUGUCGUGGCUCUCUUUACCUUCUGUGACCCCGUUAAGGAGUAUGUCCAGGCCAACCCAGGCUGGUACUGGGCAUCCUACGCUGUCUUCUUUGCGACCUACCUGACCCUGGCCUGCUGUUCUGGACCCAGGAGGCACUUCCCCUGGAACCUGAUCCUCCUGACCAUCUUUACCCUGUCCAUGGCCUACCUCACUGGGAUGUUGUCCAGCUACUACAACACCACAUCUGUGCUGCUGUGCCUGGGCAUCACGGCCCUCGUCUGCCUCUCGGUCACCGUCUUUAGCUUCCAGACCAAGUUUGACUUCACGUCCUGCCAGGGUGUGCUCUUCGUGCUGCUCAUGACUCUCUUCUUCAGUGGCCUCAUCCUGGCCAUCCUCCUGCCCUUCCAAUACGUGCCCUGGCUCCAUGCAGUGUAUGCCGUGCUGGGAGCGGGCGUGUUUACGUUGUUCCUGGCAUUUGACACCCAGUUGCUGAUGGGUAGCCGACGCCACUCGCUGAGCCCUGAGGAGUAUAUUUUUGGAGCCCUCAACAUUUACCUGGACAUCAUCUAUAUCUUCACCUUCUUCCUGCAGCUUUUUGGCACCAACCGGGAAUGAGGAGCCCUUCCCACCCCCCCUUCCUUCAGAGAAUGCCCCCUUGCUGGUCCUCUGACCCUCCCUGUGCUCCUGCCAGCUCAGAUAUAAAGCUAGCUGCCAGCCCAGCCUUUGGCCAGCCUGCUCACUUCCCUCAGCCAGCCCUCAUUCUCACCCUCUGCAGCUUGUACCCAUGCCAUCAG